UGUUAUUGAUUUAGGCGCGAAUGACAUUCGUUUAAAUUAUAUUUUUGUGUUUUUAGGUUACAUAGACUAAAGUGUUUCUUAUCAAAUCAACAUGUCUCACAGAGGAUUAUCGGAAACGAAGACUGAGUAUUUAGAAAUAGGUGAAUACAACUUUACUUGGCCUAGAGAAAAUGGCUCUCUACAUGAUUGGGGAUCUAUAAAUUACACAAUGCCUUCAGGUCCAUGGUUUUGGCCGUGGUGUCCAUUAUGGCGAGUUCCCCAGCAUCCAUUAUUCCAGCUCUCAAAUUUGCUAUUUGUAGCAUCUUAUUGCGCUCCAAGUACAAAAAAGGGACAAUUGUGGAUGCAUACAAUUUUAAUAUUUGGUUUUAUGCUGUAUUCUGUCUGGGCUUGGCACGUUAUAUGUUCGCCGGAUGCAUUUUCAUGGAACUUUGGUUUCGUUUUCUUAAAUUUGGCUCAAGUCGUGUAUUUAGUAUAUGAAAUGAGACCGGUAAAGUUCGAUCCUGAACUUGAAGAAGUCUACCACACACUAUUUGAACCAUUUAAGGUAUCUAGAUUGCAAUUUAAGCGCAUGGUAUCUCCAGAUUUUGCUCACGUGAUGUCGCUUCACGCUGGUGAAGCUUACGCGAUGCAAAACCUCACCAAGACUGAUAGACUUGGCUUAUUGCUGUCUGGAAAGGUUAAUGUAAUGAGCGGCCACCAGUUUCUGCACCCAAUAUUGCCGUGUGAAUUUUUGGACUCACCUGAAUUCGAGUCUAGCAGAGCUACCAUUGAUGAAAAAUUUAAGGUAUCGAUAGUAGCAGCAUCAUCAUGCCGCUACGUGUAUUGGCAACGCAGUUCACUCGAAUAUUUGUUCGUUAAGGAGCCGUAUCUAGCUAGCGUGGUGACCACAUUGAUCGCUCGCGAUAUAACCACAAAGCUAUACGCCAUGAACAAUAAGAUUGUUACCGAAAGGGGCUCCCAUCUAGAUAUACGUUUGCCGAGUAUAUCGCACGCUUUAGCCCGAAGCCCGAGGAAAUUGCGCUCGGCCAGCAAACCGCCGCCGCCUACUACCGUACAACCGGUGCCGCCGGAAAAGCGAUCCAGAAAAAAUCUAAUUCCAGACUACUGGUCUCGGGACGUAGACAACACCAUUCCCACUCUAACUAAACGUAAUGGGGUAGCAGCGGCGUUUCCAGAAGGUGAUGAGGAAUUGAUUCCUUUAGCGGCACACGAGGAACCGGCGGCUUCGUCCGAUGAUCUCUCCGUGGCUGACAGUUGCCCUGAUACUUCCUCCAAGUAUCAUAGCUGUGAAGCUGUUGAGACCGAUGACGAACUAAGACAUUAGGGAAAUAGUUUUAUUGUAAUGUCAAAUGAGAAUAAAUGUUGUCGAUUU